AUGAAAUUCUCCACCCUCUUCCCUCUCGGCCUCCCAGCCCUCGCCAUCGCUCAAACCGCACCAUCAUCUGCAGACCCCAUCGUCAACUUCGUCCAAGUCGCCAACGAAACCGUCUCCAAACUUAGCAUCUUUGGAUGCCAUGUCCGCCCAUGCCUACUUGCUCUCGCACCAUCGCUGGUAAUCUGUGCCGCCGCAGCGGCGCAGGAGGAACUCGAUCCUAUCAACGAUGCGGCUUGCUUUGCCGCUGCUGCGAAGGCUAUUCAUAGCAAGGUCAGUCAGUCGUAA